GGCAUGGAAGCCGAAGACCUCCAGGAAGACCUGACCUGCUCCAUCUGCCUGGACUAUUUCGAGGACCCGGUGUCCAUCGAGUGCGGCCAUAACUUCUGCCGCGGCUGCCUGCACCGCAGCUGGGCGCCGGGCGGCGGCGCGUUCCCCUGUCCCGAGUGCCGGCAGCCGUCGGCGCCCGCGGCGCUGCGGCCCAACUGGGCCUUGGCCCGGCUGACGGAGAAGACGCGGCGCCGGCGUCAGGGCCCCGUGCCCCCCGGCCUGUGCGGCCGCCACUGGGAAGCGCUGCGGCUCUUCUGCGAGGACGACCAGCGGCCCGUGUGCUUGGUGUGCAGGGAGUCGCAGGAGCACCAGACGCACACCAUGGCGCCCAUCGACGAGGCCUUCGCCAGCUACCGGGAGAAACUUCUUGAGACUCAGUGUAGUCUGACGGCCAAGAUGAAGAAAGCCAUGCAUUUGCAGGACAUGGAAGUGAAAAAUGCUACUGAGUGGAAGGAGAAGAUGAAGAACCAGCGAAUGAGAUUCGGUGCAGAGUUUGCAAAGCUGCACCACUUCCUGGCCGAAGAAGAGCAACUGUUUCUUCAGAGACUGAGCAAAGAAGAAGAAGAGACGAAGAAGAAACAGAAUGAGAACACGUUAAAGCUCCAUCAGACGAUCACUUCCUUGAAGCAGCUCAUCUUAGAGGUCGGGAGGAAGAGCCAGAGCCCCACACUGGAGUUGCUGCAGAAUCCAAAAGAUGUGUUGACCAGGAGUGAAAACCAGGAUGUGAACUAUUCCCCUGAAGUUCUAACAGUGAAGACUGUGUGCAAGAUACCCAUGAUGAAGGAAAUGCUGAAGCGAUUCCAAGUGGCUGUAAAUCUAGCUGAAGACACAGCCCAUCCCAAACUUGUCUUCUCCCAGGAAGGGAGAUAUGUAAAAAAUGGAGAAUCAGCCAGUUCUUGGCCAUUGUUUUCCUCAGCGUGGGGCUAUGUUAGUGGAUGGAGGACCCCUCCGAAGACCACACAGUCUGUGGAAAGAUUUCAGCACUUACCCUGUGUUUUGGGAAAAAACGUUUUCACUUCAGGGAAACAUUACUGGGAAGUUGAGAGCCGAGAUAGCCUGGAGAUUGCCGUGGGGGUAUGUCGGGAGGACAUCAUGGGGAUUGUUGAUAGUUCAAAAAUGUCCCCUCAUGUGGGAAUCUGGGCUAUUUGUUGGAGUUCUGCUGGCUACCGACCCCUAAUAAGCUUUUCUGUAAGUCCUACCAAGCAAGAGCCUGCUCUUCACCGGGUGGGAGUUUUCCUAGAUCACGAGGCUGGGGACAUCUCCUUCUAUAGCGCUGUGGAUGGAGCUCAUCUACACACUUUCUCUUGUCCUCACAUCUGCCUCCGGCCAUUUUUUUGGUUGAGUCCGUUAGCAUCUUUAGUCAUCCCAGCAGUGACUGGUGGGAAAUGAGUCUUCCCCUGCCCAGGAAUCUUUGCCUGUACCCUAGCCUGGGGACAUGGAUCCCUUGGCCCUCUUCUUUCACUCUGUACAUACUGGUCCAGGUAGUGCAUCAGUACUGUCCAUUCAGAUUCUAAUUUGAUGUCUUGUUCAGCUCCCUGUGUGUGCUGUGCACAGAAAGUAUGGUGGAGCCUGUUGGUGGCCUUUCCAGCACCCACUUGCCCCAUGUCCCUCCUCCUCUUCUGGUUCUUCCUCAUUGAGCUGUUUGGUGUGCACCCUCCCUGUGCUUCAGGAGAGGCAGCUCUCCCCAAUGCGAGGCAAUUCUGGCCAAUGAGCUGGGAUGAGAAAUGUUCCAAGAUGCUUCUGGGGAAAGAUCAUGUAGCUUUAAAAAAGAG